AUGUUCCGAUUAUACCCUAAUUGCUCUCUACCCUCUCUCAGACCUCUCGUUUUUCUUCCCCGCCUUCCUUCUCGCUCCCUCCGUUGCCGCGCCACCGCCGAUAUCCCCCUUGGCGACGGAAUUCGGUUACCCCGGGAAGCGGAUUCUUCCACCUCUGACUCGGCGAGGUCUCGAGAUGUCUCAGUCACCGCCGGCGGGAAUGGUGAAGCUGGGAAAUGGAGAAAGAGGAGAUUGCUAUGGUCGAAAAGUGGACAGAGUUACUUGGUAGACGACGGCGACGCGCUUCCUCUCCCUAUGACUUAUCCUGAUACAUCCCCUGUGUCGCCGGAUGAGAUUGACCGGAGAUUGCAGUGCGAUCCUGUAGUCGAGGAUUGCCGGGAAGUGGUUUAUGAAUGGACUGGAAAAUGUAGAAGCUGCCAAGGAUCUGGAUCUGUCAGCUAUUACAAGAAAAAGGGUAAAGAGGUUAUUAGCAAAUGCAUACCAUGCCAAGGGAUAGGAUAUGUGCAGAAGAUAACAUCUCGAAAGGACAUUGAAGUGAUGGAAGAUUUGGAUGAUGAAACCUCUUGA